CCCAAUGGCGGCCCCGCUGCUUCACACACAGUUUCCUGGGACUGUGUCCCCUUCGGCCUCUGCGGUAAAGGCGCUGGGGACCGCGAGGACUGGGAUUUCAGAUGUGCUUGCAUUAGAGAAUGAAUUCUUCAGUUCUCCCCCAAGAAAAACUGUUAGAUUUGGUGGAACCGUGACAGAAGUCCUGCUGAAGUACAAAAAGGGUGAAACAAAUGACUUUGAGUUGUUGAAGAACCAGUUGUCAGAUCCAGACAUAAAGGAUGACCAGAUCAUUAAUUGGCUACUAGAAUUCCGCUCUUCCAUCAUGUACUUGACAAAAGACUUUGAGCAACUUAUCAGUAUUUUGUUGAGAUUGCAGUGGUUGAAUAGAAGUCAGAAAGUGGUGGAAGAGUACUUGGCUUUCCUUGGUAAUCUUGUAUCAGCACAGACUGUCUUUCUUCGACCAUGUCUCAGCAUGAUUGCUUCUCAUUUUGUACCUCCCCGGGUGAUCAUUAAGGAGGGUGAUGUGGAUGUUUCAGAUUCUGAUGAUGAAGAUGAUAACCUUCCUGCAAAUUUUGACACGUGUCACAGAGCCUUGCAAAUAAUAGCAAGAUAUGUCCCAUCGACACCAUGGUUUCUUAUGCCAAUACUGGUAGAAAAAUUUCCAUUUGUUCGAAAAUCAGAGAGAACAUUGGAAUGUUACGUUCAUAACUUACUAAAGAUUAGCGUGUAUUUUCCAACCUUGAGGCGUGAAAUUUUGGAGCUUGUUAUGGAAAAGCUUCUCAAGCUGGAUGUGAAUGCAUCACGGCAAGAUAUUGAAGAUGCUGAAGAGACAGCAGCUCAAACUAGUGGUGGGACAGAUGCCACGGAAGGAUUGUUUAAUAUGGAUGAAGAUGAAGACCCUAAAGGUGAAAUAAAGGCUGAUCCUGCACAGCUUGAUCACAUGGUACAUCCCGUAGCUGAACGCCUGGACAUCCUGCUGUCUUUACUCUUGUCCUACGUUAAGGAUGUCUGCUACAUAGAUGGUAAGACUGAUAACAACAAAACCAAGGAUUUAUAUCGAGAUGUGAUAACCAUCUUUGACAAACUCCUGUUGCCUACUCAUGCCUCCUGCCAUGUACAGUUUAUUAUUUUUUACCUCUGUAGCUUCAGAUUGGGAUUUGCAGAAGCAUUUUUGGAACAUCUUUGGAAAAAAUUGCAGGAUCCAAAUAAUCCUGCCAUCAUCAGGCAGGCUGCUGGAAAUUACAUUGGAAGCUUCUUGGCAAGAGCUAAAUUUAUUCCUCUUAUUACUGUAAAAUCAUGUCUAGAUCUUUUGGUUAACUGGCUGCACAUAUACCUUAAUAACCAGGAUUCGGGAACGAAGGCUUUUUGUGAUGUUGCCCUCCACGGACCGUUUUAUUCAGCCUGUCAAGCUGUGUUCUACACUUUUGUUUUUAGACACAAGCAGCUUUUAAGUGGAAAUCUGAAGGAAGGUUUACAGUACCUUCAAAGUCUAAAUUUUGAACGCAUAGUCAUGAGUCAGCUAAAUCCUCUGAAGAUUUGCCUGCCCUCGGUAGUUAACUUUUUUGCUGCUAUCACAAGUAAAUACCAGCUAGUCUUCUGCUAUACCAUCAUCGAGAGGAACAAUCGUCAGAUGCUACCAGUCAUUAGAAAUACGGCUGGAGGGGACUCAGUGCAAACCUGCACAAACCCACUUGACACUUUCUUCCCCUUUGACCCUUGUGUUCUUAAGAGGUCAAAGAAAUUUAUUGAUCCUGUAUAUCAGAUAUGGGAAGACAUGAGUGCUGAAGAGCUUCAGGAGUUUAAAAAACCCAUUAAAAAGGAAAUUGUAGAAGAUGAAGAUGAUGAUUUUUUGAAAGGUGAAGUACCACAGAAUGAUCCUGUGAUUGGGGUAACACCAAGCUCCUUUGACUCACAUUUCCAAAGUCCUUCAAGUAGUGUGGGCUCCCCACCAGUGUUAUAUAUACCAGACCAGUCCCCUCUGAUCUCAAGGAUUUGCGAUUGA